AUGGAAAAUGAAAGAAUACAAUUGAAUAAAAUGCAGAAUCAACAAGAUGAAAAAGAUGAUAGUGGAAUUGAACAAGAUAAUAGUUUUAUCUAUAUUCGAAUAGCUGUUGAAGAUCUUAAUUUGCAGAAAGUACUUAAAUUCAAUUUGGAUGACACGAUAUGGAGUGCAAAACAAAAAGUCUUACAAGUUCUUGUUCGAGAAUUAACAGAUAGUUUGAAUUUUGGAUUAUAUUUGCCACCAUGUAAUGGCCGAGCAGGCAAAUUUCUUGACGAAUCUCGUUGCCUAAGAGAAUAUCCAUUGAGUGGGCCUGUUAGUUAUCUUGAAUUGAAAUACAAACGACGUGUUUAUAAAGCUAUUCAUCUUGUACAAAAAAAUAUUAAUUUCAAAGUUAAUACAAAAAAAUUCGUUGAUUUGAUUAAAACAAAUCAAAUAUCAAAAGUAGCAAGAUAUUUAGAGAAAGGAAUUGAUCCUAAUUUUCAUAUUUCUGACGAUGAAACGCCUUUAUCAUGCGCAUGUGUUGAUUUACUUGAGCCACGAUCAAUGAUAAUGACAUUAGUUAAUGGUGGUGCGCAUUUGGAUUUUCGAACACGCAAUGGAAGCUUUACACCACUUCAUAAAUCUGCUAUUUACAAUCGAAAAGAAGCUAUUGUGACACUUCUAGAACUUGGUGCAUCUCCAAAUGUAUACGACGAGAAGAAUUUAACACCACUUUAUCAUACAAUUUUAAAUAAACAAACAGAAUUCAAUGUUGAUUCAUCCUAUUGUUGUUUAUUAUUAUUACAAGAUCAUUCAAUAGUUAAUAAUCGUGAUGAUUGCUUAUCUACUGAAUUACAUCAAGCAUGUCGCCUUGGGCUUGUUCAGCAUGUUGAACAUUUACUUUUUUAUCGAGCUGAUAUUAAUGCUGUUAAUAUCGGUGGAAAUACUCCCUUACAUAUUUGUGCAGCAACUAAUCAGGAAGCUUCUGCUCGUAUACUUCUUUUUCGUGGUGCUGAUAUUAAUAUUGUAAAUAAAUCAAAUCAAACACCAUAUGAACUUGCAUUAGUCUCACAGAAUUCUUCAAUAGCAUCAUUAAUUCAAUCGCAUAAAUCUGAACACGUUGUACCAUUUCGAGAAACACCUUUAAUUAAUCCUAAACGUCGUUCGAUUUAUAUUGAACAAAAACGUGAUAGGCAUCGUGCACGUUCAUCAUCGAAUACAACUCCAUCAUCAUCAUUAGCUAGUCGAUCACAAAGUAUGCCUAAAUUAAACGUUAAUAAUUAUAUACGAUCAAGUCAAUCACCAGUAACAACACCAACGAUUGAACAUUAUUUUCAACAACAAAAUCCAUCAAGUAGAUCUUCGUCACCAAAAUCGUUUAGUGUUAAUAGUGAUCAUGGAUUUGGAAGUGAAUGUGCAUCACAUUUAUCUUCUGGCUCACCUAAUGCAACAACUAAUGUCAAUGGUUGUUACGCUUAUAAAAGAAAACGUUUAUAUGCAGCAGCACCUGGAAGAAAAUGCAUGUGCAUCAAGUCAUAUCAUUCAAAUUCGCCUGGAGAAUUAUUAUUAAAUAAAGGAGAUAUUGUUGAAAUUUUGAGUGUUGGUGAACAAGGAUAUUUAGAAGGAAGAUGUAAAGAUGUUGAGGGAUGGUUUCUGAGUAAUCAUGUUCAAGAUAUUUGUGUUUUCAAUUAUCUAUCGAAAAUGAAUUAUUUAAAUCAUUUAGAAAAUGGUGAAAUGACAAAUGAUGAUACUAUUGUUAUUAGUCGUGAUGCUUUAUCAGCUUUAAUGAUCAACAACGAUACGUAUUUACCACGUACAAUUGUUUUACAACGAGGAAAAAAAGGUUUUGGAUUUGUUCUUCGAGGAUCUCUAGUUGCAGGCAAAUUAUUUCAACCUAGUCCUUCUUUUCCAGCUUUACAAUUUCUUGGUAGUAUUGAAAAAGGUAGCAAUGCCGAUAAAGCUGGCCUCAAACAAAAUGAUUAUGUUCUAGAAAUAAAUGGUAUUAAUGUUAUAUCAAUGCCACAUGAAGAAUGCGUUAAUUUAAUAAAACGAGCCGGAGAUACAUUAGCAUUGAAAGUUGUUACAGCUAGUACAUCGUCAAUGAUAAAUUCUCAUUAUCAACAUCAUGAUUCAAAUUCAAAUCAACAUAACCUUUGUUCACAAUCUUUACCUUAUCGACGAAAAGCACCACUUCGACCUGAUCUUGAACAACAAUUGAAUGAAGAUGUUGAUCGAGCAUUGGGUGAAUAUGAUUAUGGUAGUAUGAUUGUUCCAUCAUCAAAUAAUUCUGAAGACUGUAUAUCUAUGUCAAAACAACAAAAUGAGAAUAUUCCAAAUGGAUCUGGUGGUUCUAUGAAUCCAAAAAAUAAACCCUUAGUUCCAGAACGUGAUUCUUCUCUCUACGAUUGUUUUCCUUCAUCUCAAAGUCAACAAGGAUAUAAUACAUUUCGACCAUUAAUCCGUGGAUCACCUUCCACGACCAGUGUAGCAAAUUUAUCAUCAACAACAAAUCAUCGACGUAAUUCAAAUUCAUCCUCAAACGAAGCUGAUGAAGAAUCAUCCUUAUCUUCAUUGAACAGUAAUCAUGUUCUGCCCAUAAAUCAAAUGUUGAUUGAAGACAAUAUUACUGCUAUUUAUUCAACUCCUUCUGGUUCUUUAAAUACAACCAAUAUGUCGACUUUUAAAACAAUAAAUCUAAAUCCUCUACCAUCAAAGCCAAGCGAUAUUAAAAAACGAUCAAAUAAUCGAAAACAAAUUUAUACAACACUUAAUUCAAAUAAUAACAAUAAUAUUGUAUCGAUUCCAAUAGAGAAUGAAACUUUUUCCAAUCUCACUACUGCUAAUGUUUCCACUGCACCACCACCACCGCCACCACCAUUUCCCGUUAAUUUUGAUAUUCCAACUAAGAUAGAACGUCAAACUUCAUCAAAAUAUGAAUCUAUCAAACUAACAUCCGAUUUUCAGUCACAAAUUGAACAAGCAAAGACUCGUUUAAAAAGAGUGAAUCUUGAAACAUCAUCUCAAAAAACAGUUGUCAAAUCGUAUCAUAAUCCUAACUCAAAUAAGAUUCUUUCACCAUCUUCAUGCUAUCCGGGUGAAUUAAAAAAUAUUGUAAUCGAGGAGGUAACUCCUUCGAAUGGUUUUCCUCCUCCUCCAUCUCCUACGACACUUCAUCAUUCAACUCCUCCGUUGGUAUCAUCACCUCAACGUAAUUCCACAGUGAUUGAUCCAAGAUUGGAUGUCAAUUUCUCUGCUGUUAUUGCGCAGCGUGCAGCAGAAGCAAAAGCUCGUCGUCAUGAAAAUCCUUUGCGACUUGACUUUAAUUCAAAUGGUUUACCACCGUCAACAACGUUUUUUAAUAAUUGUGUUACAACAAAUGGUAUUCAUCAAAAUUCAACAACAAACAGUUCAGUGUGUCCACAACGAUUUAGUGCUACAGCAAAUCAAUUACUUGAGAAUCUCAAACGUCGUGGUGGGAGUACAUCAUCAAUUGGUUCUCUUGUUAAACAUUAUAAUCAACAACAAUCUUCAUAG